AUGUUUCAACAGCACAACUACCAGGAUGGCUGGGCUGUCCUCGACUUCCGACCGGGUUGUAGUGUGUGCCAGGUCGAGGUCUUGGGCCAAGGCGGCGGGAGAUGUACAAUUACAUUCGAGCCACCAAUCGGGCAUCCAGUUGCCCCUGGUACCAGUAUUGCGCCCAUUUGCGCGACAUGCGGCCUGGGGACGGGGGGCCAGGCUGAUGGAUGUCUCACUGUCUCGGUAGUAGAGGCUGGCGGAAUCGGGGGCCGACGUCAGAUGUCUCCAAGGCAGGGCAUCAAUUUGUUGCAGCGCAUUAGACGGGUAUAUCAUCCUGUAGCUAUCAUACAAGUCUUGCUAUCAACCACGGGUAACAUGGGCCUGGGAUACCUGAUGUAUGCCGCGAGGUACUGGCAAAUUAUACGAGGCCACGCUCCAAGCACAUACAGAAGGGAUGCUGCCGCCGCAGGAGGGCGCAGUCACCAGUGGAGAGUGGAGUUCGUUAUGUAUCAACAAAAUCUCUUCUGCCAGUGCAGACUGCUGUGCGGAGCACCACACGACAUAAACGUUUACCGUACUACAUGCCCUACCGGUAGCUAUCUAGAGUACCAAGCACAUUGCCCAACGGCGUCUGCACAACCCCAUGUCUCUGCCACUUUGACACAAGGCGAUCGUCUGCUGAAACGCGCACACAUUGCCAUCCGUCUCCCUCACGCCGCCGUGCAAGAGCAAGCAAGCAACCCCCAACCCCGCUUAUCCACUAAGCUUUUGGGCGAAUCAUUCUCGAGACGACAUCUCCCGCCCUUGGGAUCAAUCCCAUCCAUCCAUCAGGGGGCAUCCUUUGCAAUUGCACCGCCAGUAAACCCCCGGACACAGCCUUGCUGGGAAGCAGCGCGCACGACUACUAGUACACCCCCCGUCACGUCUGGUGCCAUGCCGAGUUGGCGCCCGCUCCCGCGCAUCGCGUUCGCAAUCUGCACCUAUCCAUUCCAGCCCUCGUCGCCUGCCGACCUCCCCCUCGAGAUUGGCGACGAACUGUAUGUCAUUGAGCAGGGCGGCAAAGAUGGCGCCUGGUAUCGCGGCUAUCUCGUUGCGCCGCCCUCGCUGCUGGCCGGCUUGACCAGCGUCAAGGGCCAGACACUCGAGGCCCGUGUCUUCUCUGGUAUUUUCCCACGCGUCUGUGUCGAGGUGCGUGAGGUCUUGGGCGAGGCCAGAGACACAGCUGCCCUCGACGGCGCGCUUGCAGCAUCUGGUGAGAUAGGCACAGGCGCAACAGGCACAACAGGCACAGGCAUAGGCACAACAGGCACAGGCUCAACAACACGCAAUCCCCCUCCAUGCGGCGAGCAGCACCCAACCAACGGCGUCGUCACCCCCACCGAAUCCACACGCACCACCUCCUUCACCACCACCACCAAAGACCGUGGCUCCGGCCUCAAUGCUCCUCCUCGAACCUCCCAGACCGAUAUCGUCUCGGCCCUUCCACUGUCCACCGCUCGCCCCCUCUCGCGCCGCAGAUCUAACAGGAAGCGUGCCGGCAGCACCAAUUCGCAAUGGACCGCCCGCGAAGAACAUCUCCAGCAGCUGACCCUUCCGCUCUCGCCCAUAUCAGAUCCCAACGCUCCGCGCCCGCCUGCACCCGUCCCCAUGCUCAAGAUUGGCGACGAAACGCCCACCUCUGCCCAGGAACCUCUAGUCGACGAGAUUGCUUCGUGCCUGCGCGAAUGGCACUCUACAAAGGUCCACGAGCUGCUGCUUGCACGCAAGUACGGCUCGUUGGACAAGAUGACUCGCCUGGUCGAUCGCCUGGACACGGCCCGCCGCCAGCUAUUGCACAAGGUGCUCACCGCACAGGAGCUGGACAAGGUGCGCGAGGCCACGGUCUGGGACUUGGUGACAGGCAACAAGAUGCUUUGUGGAGAGGUCAUUGUACGGAAUCCCGCACAGCAUGGCCGCAUUCUCACGGGCGACGACUCUGCCAUUGAGGUCACCAAACUGCAGUCGAUGAUGAGUCUCCUCGAGAGCAAACCCACGCCGCACGUCGACGAGCACAAUUUACACCACCUGCUUGUCGGCCUGAAGCAUGUCGAUGGCGACGUUGUGCCAGGAGCGGCACAAGUCAGCAUGCAUCUCUGCUUGAAAACCCCUGGAUCCCAACCGAUACCACUCUCGGAGGCAUUUACAUUCGACCUCACUGGACGAGAUGGCUCACCUGUGUCUUUGGCUAGCGAGAAAUUGCGCUCUUUACUGGUGGACCUCAGCUCGACUGACAUAGGGGAAGGUGCUGGAUCCGGUUCAGUUCUGUGUCUCGUGUUUAAAUUGAUGACUAACGAACCCUUGCGGUUGGGAAGCGCAAUGGAAAAGUCAAAUGUUGCCAGGGAUACGCCCAACUCGCAACUGUCUCGUCAUGGAAGCGUUCAAGGUGGAAGGCGCAGCGCAAUGUUUGGAACCAGGUCACGGAAAGAAUCGACUGCAGGCCGCGCAGACUCGUCAGACGGACGACGCCCAAGCUCUGACCUUACACGAUCACAGGGCUCCGAUCCACGACCAGGCUCUUCUGCCACCAGAGCCAGAGCUCAAUCGAGGGACCAAAGGCACUUGAAAAGAUCUAUUGCUGUUGGCAUGCUACGAGUAAAUCAGCUAUGUCAAGCCCAAUCAGAGGCUGACCAGACUAUAGCUCUGUGGUGCACAGCCAGCACCAAUGAAGAAAUUACAGACGACGAUAGUGGAUGGGAUGAUCUGCUACCAGAAGUGUUCCCCAAUCCAACGGGCAGAUACAAGCGUAAUGCACCCAUCACACAACUUACAGUACACCUGAAAGCAUUUGUCCAUCCAGAUGCCGAAGGCUUGAUCCAAAAGACGCCAACUUUGCUUCACAACAUCAAGCAGACUCGGAAGAUUGGCUUCUCCGGAGCGCCAACGAAACCUCGAAGCGACAUCUACCUGACCCUGGUCGAACCUUUUCUUCCCAGAAACGCUUUCUUGGCCCAUCCCAAGACGGGGACCGUUCCCCUUGUGCAGUCGUCCCCAAUGAGCAAUCUGCAACUGACCAUAGAGGUCCGAAAGAGCUCUGGAGAACGUAUUGAGGGCUGCAUAUACCCCUCGACCAACAGUGUUGGACACACGGCCUGGCGAACCCCUGCUGUUGAACGGGGUGAGGGUUGGAAUUCGACCAUUCGACUUGCCAUUGAUCCUCAGGAUGUACCUGGUUCACAUCUGGUCAUGUCCAUCGCAGACGCGCCAGGAUUUCCUUUUGCGCUAUGCUGGAUGCCUCUCUGGACACAGGAUGCUUUUACUCGCGACGGUGACCAUGCCUUGUCAUUAUAUCGAUAUGAUGAGUACACUUCGGGCAUGAUCGCCGGCAAAGGUGCUUACCUGGGUCUCCCAUGGAGUGCAAAGAGGAAAGAUGAACACGUCAUGGGGCCCAUGGCUGCGGUACAUCUCAAGACUUUCCUGUGUAGUACAAAGUACUCUCAAGAUCCAACUAUUCUUGGCCUCAUCAAGUGGCAAGACCAGCCUCCAGGAGAGAUUGUUGGUAUCUUGAAGCGGUUCAACUUCGUUCCAGAAAUCGAAAUCGUCAAACUAUUGGACGUCGUGUUCGAUGCUCUCUUUGCUAUCCAGAGCCAUUACGCCGGCAGCGAUGAAUACGAAGAUCUCAUUUUUCACGCCAUCGUUAUCGUCCUCGGCAUCGUGCACGAUCGUCGCUUCAAUCUGGAACCGUUGGUCGACCAAUACGCGCGAACAAAGGUCUUCCACGCCUUGGUCACGUCCUGCCUCAUGCAGAGCUAUGGCCGCUUGUUGGCGAAACCCACUGAUUCAGAGAGCUCUCGACGAUUGCGUGCAACUUUCAAGGUCGGAAAGCUCAUCAUGAAGUUUCUGGUCAACGCUCGGGAGAAGCAAAAGGCCAAGGAAGAGAGUAUCGGUAUCAAGGACCGCACUCAGUUCAGCAAGGAAGUCAAAGUUCUAUUCAGCUCAUUGGAAGCUUUGAUGCAGAAGCCCUCACCUGUACUCAUCGGUACCAAAACAUUGCUGGUACAGAAUAUUGCCUCCUGGCUCCCCGAAUUGGACGCCUGCAUGCCCGCCAAGGAGGUCUUCUCUCUUGCAGCCAGCUUUGUAGAAUCGUGCUCUAGCGCUCAAGGAAAGCUGAUUCUGUACAAACUGGUGCUGAUUCACCAGCUUUCCAACCUCCAGAUAUUUAGGACGCCCGAAGUUCGUCGUACGCUGUUGACCAAAACGGUUCAAUGGCUGGAACCCUACUGGGGCAAGAUUGAGGAAGUGACGGAUCAGUGGAAGGAUCAAGUGCGCCUUUGCUGUUCAGUAGUCGCCUCUCAGGUAGAAGAGCUUGGCCAAGAAGCAUGUGAUUACAUGCCAAAGCUCGUGGAAUCAUAUCGCGCGAUACAAGCCACGCCUCGACCAGCCAAGAAGACGUUAUCCUUGCUCUUUCCCUCGACCUACCCGUUCCAGUCGAAAGCAGCAUCUUCCGAAGCGCCUUUCGAUGAAGCGAUGGCUGAGAUCUCGGCCGUCCUCGCAGCUUUGUCCAGCCUGCCAACUUUGAUACACCUCGAUUUGCCCAAGGACGAGCAAGCGCAAUUUCUCUUCUCUGUUCUACAGACCUACAUAUCGAUUCUCGACUGUGAAGCCUACCCAAGUUCGUGGCUGAGUGUACACAUCUACCAUCACAAAGCAACAAUGCGCGCUCUCGAAAAGUUGUUCAACAUUCUCCUCGACUCCUUCCUACCUCUCCCCGAUGAAGCCGACGGUUUCAAUACUGAGCUGUGGCGAGCCUUCUUCGAUGCGUUGCUAAAGCUCGUAGGCAGCGGUGCCCUUGCCCUGGAGACAUUCCCAGAGCAGAAGCGACGAGCUGUCUGGAAAAUUGCCGGUGACGUUCGCGAGCAUGGUGCUGAGCUACUGCAACGGAGUUGGGAAGCCAUUGGUUGGGAGUCGAGUGCAGAAGAAAAGAGCCAGUACGGAAUUGAGAAGAUGGGCGGCUUCCAAGUACAGUAUGUUCCGGGCUUAGUCGCGCCCAUCGUCGAGCUGUGUCUCAGCGUACACGAGGGUCUCCGCAGUGUGGCAAUCGAGGUCUUGCAGACUAUGAUUAUCAGCGAAUGGACCUUGAGCGAGGAUCUUUCCAUCAUUCAAGCUGAGAUGAUUGACUGUCUGGACAACCUGUUCAAGACCAAGCAUCUCACAGAGGCCGUGUCACAAAAACACUUUAUCCAGGAGCUUGUGGAAUUAUUCGAACCGCUUGUGCACGUACCGGAAGAACCAUUACUCGCAGCGCUCAAAAAUCUCAUCGCCACCAUCGACGAGCUACUGGAUCUCCUUGUCGCUGUCCACAGUACAGAGGCCACUGGCGAGGUCUUCCACAUCAUGGACACAUUGCACUUGAUGGAGUUCCUGAAGGACAUGCAGAAGGAAGAUAUCUACAUUCGCUACGUUCAUCAAUUGGUCGACAUACAGCUCGAUGCGCAAAAUUACACCGAAGCAGGUCUCGCACUUCGCCUACACGCUGAACUCUACGAGUGGGACCCAAAUGUCACUGUCGAUCCGUUGACCGAGCCCAGUUUCCCCCCUCAAGCUGCUUUCGAGCGCAAGGAGCAGUUGUACUUCCAAAUGAUCGACCACUACGAGAAUGGACAGUCUUGGGACAAUGCACUCGCGGCUUACAUGGAGCUAGCAACACAAUAUGAGCACAACAUAUUUGAUUUCGCGAAGCUGGCACGUACUCAGCACGCCAUGGCCAAUAUCCAUGAGAGUAUUGCAAAGGGAGAUCGCUCCAAUCCACGCUACUUCAGGGUGGUGUACAAGGGAUUGGGAUUUCCUCCCGGGCUCAGAGACAAACAAUUCAUCUUUGAAGGCUCUGCCAAUGAUCGCCUCGCAUCCUUUACCGAUCGGAUGCAGCAACAGCACCCGUCGGCCCAAAUUCUCAAUCAAGGAGCCGAGCAGGAUUUGGAGGGUCAAUACCUGCAAAUCUUCCCCGUCAGUCCGCAGAAGGAUCUCACACAUCCCAUCUACCAACGUGCCAAAGUGUCACAAUCUGUCAAGGACUACUACCUCCUCUCCCGCCCUUCGCACUUCACAUCAACCUCGCGCCGUCCCCAGGGCGCGAAUGCGACCAAGGACGCUACAGUCGAAAAGACUGUAUUUACCACAGCCGAGACAUUUCCCACCAUAUUACGGAGAAGUGAGGUAGUGGCUGUGGGCACAAUUGCUUUAAGCCCAUUGCAAAAUGCAAUUGAGCGAACGUCACGCAAGACGAUAGAGCUGCUUGCCAUUGAAAAGCGUAUAACAGAUGGCGACGACACGACAUUUAACAUGUUGACACAAGAGCUCAUGUACGCAGUCGAUACUCACACUGAAAAUAGUGUCGCUAGGUACCACGAGCUGCUUCCAGAGCCAGCUGCUGCAGAGGAGGAAGAAGAGGAUGAACAUCCACGACAACCAAACCCACUUGAAAACGCGCUAAGGUUUGCUUUGAUCGAUUAUGCUUUAGUCAUACGCCGUUGUUUGGGUCUCUACGUACGGCCUGCCCAACAGGCUACUAAAGGGGACCUUACACAGCGUUUCGAAGCGGCGUUCUAUCGCGAGCUGAGCGUUCUCGCACCGCCACAGAUGACUGCAGUGACGCGCUCCCCUACGGGCUCCUGGCUUGCGACAGCUACGUCGCGAUCACGGGUGGCCAGCCCCCAACUGGAGGAGACCCAAGUCAACGGCAAGCCAGCUACUCCACCAAUAACAAACGGACGUGCCUCGCGACAAGACAAGAAGCGUCUCAGUCUCGCCUUCCUUGCUAAAGAAUUUCUGAUGGGUGAACCCGAAAAAGAGAAGGAAAAGGACAAGGAGGCCAAAGGGGAAAAUGGCAGGCCUCUGACGGAUCACGAUACCUCUGCAGCAUCAAUGCGCAGUCAUAGCAAAGGCGACAGCAAACACCGGUUGAGCUUGAGCUUCCUCAACCCGGCGCCCAGCUCGCCCCAGCCCGAGGCUUUGCCAUGUUACCCAAGCAAGCAGUUCAGCCCCUCGAGUCACAGUCAGAGCAGUUUUGGUGGUGACGCAAACCAGACCAGGCCAGAAACGGUGAAGAGCGCAAAGAGUGAUAAGUCGAUGUCAUCACGGACAGGGAGCGUGAAGAAGAGGUUGAGUUUUAUGAACAUUUCGAAAAAAACGAGUAAGAGCAGCGUGAGGGGACGUGUUGAUGAUACCCUAAUGGAGGAGUAA